AAGCACGCGCUCAUUCAUCCACAGGCUUUCACUGCAGCGGAGGGAAAUAACCGCUCACACGCGACAUUUAUUAGGGCAAAAAAGAAACACGUGCCAAGAAGAAGAGCAACUUUUGGGACCACAUGGGGCUAUAAAAGGAUGCCGCUGAUGCUGCAGGAAUCAACAUUUUGUAUUUGAUCUCUGGAAAUAUUUCUGAGCGCGCGGACAUCCUCAGAAUGAACUCCUCUGCGCGCGUGCCUCCGCUGCUGCAACUUCCCGCCGAGGAGGAGCGGACAGAGGACACCGGGAGGCUGCAGAGGAACCGAGCCCCGAAAUAAAAGUUGUUAGAGAGCACAAAUCAAGUUGAAUUGCGCUUUAAACGGAGGAGUCAUUGCGAAUGAAUGAAUUUGACCGGGUCACUGAACUGGAGUGGAUUAACUCACAGCACUUGCAAGACCGAAAUAGUUCAAUAUAGGAGAAUCAGUCCGGAGAGAAUGAGGUGUCGCUGGGUGAAGCAUGAGCUGUCAGAGGAUCAGUCAUAAGCGGCUGUCUCUGCUAUGGGAGGGGGCGGCUCUUCGCCUCUUGAUCUGCUGCUCCUUGUGGACCUCAUGGCCCGUCGUAUCCGCCUUCGCCGCGGCCGGUGGAGCCGCAGCCGGACAGGGCGACGGCACCCCCGGAUCACUGGGUUGGCUGCUGUCCGAUAAAGGACCCUUUCAGCAGUCCUUGGAGUUCACGGAGGCUGCGGAGAGAUACCAGCAGGGCUUUAGCACCAGAUACAAGAUCUACAGGGAGUUUGGUCGAUGGAAGGUCAACAGCCUGGCGGUGGAGAAGAGGGACAAUCUUGGUGGCAGUGGAGGCCUCGCUCUGCCCCUCGACCCCGACUUCAUGCACACCAUCCGGCAGCUGGGGAGGCGUCCAACCCUCCAGAUGAUCACAGAGAGUCUAAUCAAGAAAUAUGGCACCCACUUCCUCCUCUCGGCCACUCUUGGAGGGGAGGAGUCUUUGACAAUAUUUGUGGACAAGAGGAAGCUCAGCCAAGAGUCCUCGUCCUCUGGAGUCGAGGCCGGGCAUAGCAGCACAAGGAACUCAAACAGUACGGGCACGGUGACCCUGGAGGCUCUCCACCAGCUGGCUGCUUCCUACUUCACCGACAGAGAGAGCACCCUGAGACGGCUACACCACCUCCAGAUUGCAUCCACCGCCAUACGGGUGACAGAAACCAGAACUGGGCCGCUUGGUUGCAGCAACUACGACAAUCUGGACACAGUCAGCUCUGUCCUAGUUCACAGUCCAGAAAACAAGGUCCAUCUACAAGGGCUGCAGGUCAUCCUGCCGGGCUACCUGCAGAGCCGCUUCAUUCAGGCAGCACUCGACUACAUCGGCUGUAAAUCAGAGGGUCGGUUUGUGUGUCAGAGCAGCGACUGCUGGUGUGAGUGCAGCGUAGACUAUCCUCAGUGUAACUGUCCUCACGCUGAUUUAGACACUCUCGAAAACAACCUGCGACGCAUCACAGACUCCUGGAGACUGACCAACCAGGAGUUUGAGGAAUCAGAAGAGUUUCAGAGCUUUGUUGGGAAACUGCCAACCCAUUACGCCGUAAACACAUCUGUUGUGGAACACUUGUGGAGGAUGGACCCCAGCUUGUCCCAGCGCUACAGGCAGCUGGAGACUAGCAGCGACCAGCUUCUCACCAAAGCCCGCCGCACUGCUAACAAGCUCUUCAGCCUCAGCAAGAGGUGUCGAAAACAGCCCAAAGUCGUCCUGCAGAGGCCGAGGCCUCUGCCCUUCUGGCUGAGCUACGCGCUCUCCAUCUUAUACUGUAGUGAGAAUAACCAGGUGGGUGUGUUCAGUGACGAGAGCCGCAGCUGCUCCUGCCCGUACAACCACCCGCCCUGCCAGGCCCUAAUCCCCUGCUCUGUGGGCGAUGGUCCCCGCUGUGCCUCCUGCUCCACAGAAAACCGCACAAGAUGCUCCAGCUGCAACCCCAGCUUCACGCUGACCCAGGGAGCCUGCCGGCCUGCCGUGCCCGACCCGACAGACCCUUACCUGGGCUUGGAGAGCGACCGAGACUUGCAGGAUCUGGAGCUGCGCUAUCUGCUACAGCGGCGUGAUCCUCGCAUCACUCUGCAUGCUGUGUUUGUGAGCAACGAUGUGCGUGUUAACACUUGGUUUGACCCAUCCUGGAGGAAAAGAAUGUUGCUCACCCUCAAGAGCAACCGGGUAAAGUCUAACCGUGUUCAUAUGCUGCUCGGACUAGCCCUGCAGUUCUGCCUCACUAGAAACAGCACGCUUGAGCCGGCAAUGUCUCUGUUUGUGAAUCCCUUUGGGGGCAGUCAUUCAGAAAGCUGGACCAUGCCUAUAGGUCAGCACGGAUACCCAGACUGGGAGCGGAGCAAGCUGGAUAUCCCUUUGGACUGCUAUAACUGGACGUUGACUCUGGGAAACAGAUGGAAGAGCUUUUUUGAGACUGUUCAUUUCUACCUGCGGAGUCGUAUCAGAGACUCUGUGGGAGUAACUGGAGGAAACAAGAACAUGACUGUGUACUACGAGCCUCUGGAGGCAACAGAACCAUCCAGCAACAUCGGCUACAUGAAAGUAAACAGCAUGCAGCUAUUUGGAUACAGCGUGCACUUUGACCCAGAGGCCAUCCAGGACCUGAUUCUGCAGAUAGACUACCCAUACACUCAGGGAUCACAGGACUCGGCGUUGCUGCAGCUAGUGGAGCUGCGUUACAGAGUAAACCGCCUCUCGCCUCCGGGAGCCCCGCACGUGGAUCUGUUUGCCUGUCUACUCCGCCACAGACUCAAACUGUCGAGUCAAGACGUGAGCAGGAUACUCACUGCCCUGCAGGCGUUCAGUUCCAGACAACCAAACCAUUUAGAGUAUGAGGCUAAUAAACUGUGCAGCUAAUGGACUGUUUGAUGUUUUGUACUAUGAGGCCUGUAUCUUUUGUCAGCUGGAUCCAUUUGUGUCAAGUGUGUGUGUGUUGUUCAAAGCUUUCUUGUACAUAGACUGUGCAAUUAAAUUAGAUGUUUUUAUCA